CGCUUUCCCCUCUUGACAGAACCUGGCAUCCCCCUCUCCUCCGCUCCCGCUUCACUAAGACGAUACCUCUUAUUCCAUGAACAUGGCUCCCCAUCCUCUGGACCUUCUCUCUCUAGAAGAGACUAAGGCCGCUCGUGAUAUUGUGGCCAGCCUUCAUUCAGACGCCGUCCUCAGUUUCAGAGAAAUCUAUCUCGAAGAGCCUCCCAAGGCCCAGUUAAUCGAGUUCUUGACCGCCGAACAUGCAGGAAAAUCAGCGCCUGCACCUCACAGAACAGCUCUGGUACAGUACGAUGUCAUCGCAUCGGACAGAAUUCCACACUAUCACGAGUCUGUCAUCGACUUGACCGCAAGGAAAAGAAUCUCCCAUGCGGUUGUUGGUGAGAAUCAACAUGCAGGGCUGACGUUGGACGAGUUCGACGUUCUUGUGGAUGCAUGCAAGUCUUCACAGAUGUUCAAAGAUGUAUGCGCCGAGUUCAAACUUCCGGAAGGAUUUGAAGUCGUCAUUGAGCCAUGGCCAUACGGCGGUAUGUCCCCAGAGGAGGAGGAUCGCCGCUAUUUCCAAGGUCUUUGCUUUGCUCAAGACACAAGGUCCAAGAAUCCCGAUUCAAACUUCUACGCUUACCCACUACCAUUCAUCCCCGUGCUGGACUUUUACAAGCGAGAGAUUGUCCGGAUAGAUCGCCUCGCGACGGGCGGUAAAGGUGACGCUCUAGACGCGAAGACGCACUCCAAGAACAUCAUCGAUCACUGUGCAUCAGCCGAAUAUGUGCCCGAACUGUUGGAGAAUGGUACGAGAAAGGACCUGAAGCCCUUGAACGUUCUACAGCCAGAAGGUCCAUCAUUUUCGGUCGAUGGACAGCUCGUUCAAUGGCAGAAUUGGCGUUUCAGGGUCGGCUUCAACCCUCGCGAAGGAGCGACAAUCCACGACGUCCACUUCGCCGGACGAAGCGUCAUGUACCGACUCAGCAUGAGUGAAAUGACGGUGCCAUACGCCGAUCCACGAGGCGUGUUCCCACGCAAGCAGGCCUUCGACUUUGGUGACGGUGGAGCGGGUAACUGCGCCAACAACCUUUCGCUGGGCUGCGACUGCCUCGGCGUGAUCAAGUACUUUGACGGGGUCAGCACGGGGCCCGACGGGACUCCCAAGGUCUCGCCGAACGUGGUGUGCCUGCACGAACAGGACAACGGCAUCGGCUGGAAACACACCAACUGGCGGACCGGCCGCGCCGUCGUCGCCCGGUCCCGCGAACUGGUGGUGCAGUUCAUCAUCACGCUCGCCAACUACGAGUACAUCUUUGCGUACAAGUUCGACCAGGCCGGCGGGAUCACGGUGGAGACGCGCGCGACGGGGAUCGUGUCGGUGGUCAACAUCGACCCGGGCAAGAGCAGCGCCUGGGGCAAUGUCGUCUCCCCGGGGGCCCUGGCCCAGAACCACCAGCACAUCUUCUGCGUGCGCAUCGACCCCGCGGUCGACGGCUACACCAACACGGUGCUGUGCGAGGAGUCCCACCGCGUGCCCAUGAACAAGGAGACCAACCCGAAGGGCAACUUCUACGAGGUCCGCCAGACCCCGAUCACCCGGAGCCAGUACCUCGACGCGGCGCCGACGGACAAUCGGGUCAUCAAGAUCGUCAACAAGGGAAAGACGAACCCCGUCAGCGGCAAGCCCGUGGCGUACAAGUUCGCGCCCGCCCCGACCCAACUGCUCCUGGCCGACCCGGAAUCCACGCAGGCCAAACGGGCCCUCUUCGCCCACCACCACGUCUGGGUCACCAAACACCGCGACGGCGAACUCUACGCCGCGGGCCGGUACACGCUACAGAGCCGGAACGAGAUUGGUGGUGUGGCGGACGCGAUCAAACGCGAGGACAACCUCGACGAUGAAGACGUCGUCAUCUGGAACGUGUUUGGGUUGACGCACAACCCUCGUGUUGAAGAUUGGCCAGUCAUGCCUGUUGAAAUCCAUCAACUCGCUAUCAAGCCCAGCGACUUCUUCACGGUCAACCCAGCCAUCGAUGUACCUUCAACCAAAAACGAGGCGUCAGUUCUGACGGAAGGUGCGACUAAUGGCGUCAAUGGGGUCAACGGCACCAAUGGCGCGAGCUGCUGCUCGUAAACACACAAUUUGGGUGAUGCAUGCGAGGUGGGGUGUCUUGAGUGUUGGAGCAGAAUGCUUGUCAUGUGGUGUUUCCUCUUGUGUAGCGAUGAUCUUGACAGUCAGUCUUCCUUAACACACAAAGUGGUGAAAGGUCGAACGUCUAUCAUAGGCGAGCAGAACUAUAUACAUAUGUAUGUACCUUGAAUGGCUCGCAAUAUAAUUACCAAAUGUUCUUUAG